AUGCAGAUGUCGGAGCCUAACAAGCAGAUCCCAGCCACACAGACCCACACAAUGGCAGACGCCACGUGCGACUGCAUUGGCGGCAGAGCGGAGACCGAUGUCCGGAAAAGACUAGACGUUAUCUUCAACGCCUUUUGGGCACAACUAGGACUCAGAGAGCGACAGGUCAACAUACAAGCGACCUUACCCAGAGACGAACCCGCACGUGCUGGCUACAGCCACGCUGUUCCCCGCUCGGAGGCAACCACAAGAUAG